AUGGAGUCACAAAUGGCCCGUCCUCACGAUCACGAGGACAACCGCCACACCCAGCACCUUGGCACGCACCAAGGCGAAGAGGAGGACCACCAGGAGAAGUCGGUUCUGAAGAAGGUAAAGGAGAAGGCGAAGAAGAUAAAGAACAAGCUCACAAAGCAUGGUAAUGGCCAUGGCCACGAACACGAACACGACCAAGAUGAUCUCGACGAGGAAGAUGAUGAAGAAGACGAAGACCCUGAAGUGCACGGUGCAACAACCAUAAGGAGUGGUGCACCAGGGCAAGGAGAUAUUUUGAAGGUGCCAAUGGUGAAAUUCGGGGACACGAAAGCAGCGAUUCAGGAUCGCGAUCCCAAAGUGCCGCAUUUGGAGAGGACCGAACCGAUGAAGGAAUAUGUGCCCACCGGGGGUCAUUUGGGUCAAACCAGGGUCCAUUUGCACCACCGGGGCUUGGACGAUCGCACCUCUAUUUCUUCUCGUGGAGAUUACCAGAAGACCAAUGUCAAUGUCACCGACCCAAGUCAUGCUUUUGCUACAGAGAAAGAAGGGCACUUCGGUCAGUCCAGGGUAAAUUUGGACCGACCGAGAGGAUUGGAAGAGGAUCCACAUGCGCCAAAGGCCAAUCCUCAAGGUUAUACUCCUUCAAACUAUGAGACUAAAGUCACUGAUCCAACUCAUGCAGGUGGUGAAGAAAUUGGAAUUUCGCCGAUUCUCCAUUCGUUUGGUAAGAUUAACAUUCAUGGUGGAGAUGCCAAGCCAUCAUCGAACCAGGGCAGUAGUUACACGGAGAAAGUUUCAUCUGCCACUUCCGCUAUCGCUGAAGAGGCGAUAUCUGCAAAAAAUGCAGUUGCUUCCAAGCUUGGGUAUGGAGGAGGGAACAAUGAUCAACACGAAGAUGUUAAUCCGCAUGCUUAUUCUCCAGCAAAUGAUUCGACUAAUACAGGAUUACACCAUUAUGUUGGAACAAAUCAAAACCCGAGCACUGGAAGCCAUGAUCAAUUUUCUCCUGAGCACCCAUCAAACCAGGGCGGUAGCUACACAGAGAAAGUUUCAUCCGCCACGUCUGCCAUUGUUGACAAGGCAAUAUCUGCCAAAAACGCCGUCGCUUCAAAGCUAGGAUACGGUGGGGACACUGAUCAACAGCAACAUGGAGAUCAGGCAGCCGUUAGGUCCGGGUCAGCUGCACCUGGGCAACAGGAUGAGGGUAUUACAGCCGCAGUUACUGAGAAGCUGACACCUGUCUACGAGAAGUUUGCCGGGGCAGGGAGUGCAGUUAUGUCGAAACUCCCCGGCGGUGCUGGGACAGCUGGCAAAGAAGAAGUCCACCGGGGUACUGGUACCACUACUACAGGGGGUGAGUAUAACAAAGCCGGGCAGGACAAAGGAAUUUCUAUGAAGGGCUAUUUGUUUGAGAAGUUAAAGCCUGGUGAGGAGGACAGGGCGCUGUCCGAGGUGAUAUCAGAAACCCUACACAUGCAUAAGGCAGGGCACCCUGGGAGUGGUGCCCGGCCUGUUGGGAAAGUGACCGAGAGCAUGGAGGUGACUCAGCGGUUGGGGCCGGAUUAUGGGGAUGCUGACGUCCAGCAGUCUAGCUAUGGGAAAGUUGUUGCGGAUACCCUUAAAGGGGCUGUUGGUUCAUUGCUUGGGAAAGCUGAUCAAAGCGCCACUUCUCCUCAGUCCCUUGGUUCUUCAAGUGGUACAGAGGGUUUCUCUAGUUCUGGCAGUGGAGUGGUGGAGCGGCGAGGCCGUGGUGGUGCGGAGCAGCAGAUACUUCAGGGGUCCAGCAACUGAAGAUGGCCGCGGAUGGAAGUUUGUUGGUGAAUAAAUGGGAUAUUUAG